AUGGCGCAAACCACAAGAGACGCAAUGCCUGUCGUUCUUGGUAUGGAAGGUAGUGCAAACAAGCUAGGCAUCGGCGUUGUUCGUGAUGGCGUGGUGUUGUCCAAUCCCAGAGUCACCUACAUCACUCCACCUGGUGAGGGUUUCCAACCGACUGAGACUGCUCGGCAUCACCAGACUCACAUUAUCUCGCUCGUCUCGCGUGCCCUUCGAGAAGCGAACAUAGAGGCUGAGGAGUUGGAUGCGAUUGCUUACACUAAGGGACCUGGAAUGGGAGCGCCUCUUCUGGUUGUGGCUGUGGUUGCUCGGACCCUUUCACAGUUAUGGAAUAAACCGUUGAUUGGAGUGAAUCACUGCAUAGCGCACAUUGAAAUGGGCCGUCUGAUAACUGGGGCCCGCUCACCGGUCGUCCUCUAUGUCAGUGGUGGAAACACUCAGGUGAUCUCGUUCACCUCGGGUCGUUACCGUAUUUUUGGUGAAACAAUUGAUAUCGCCUUGGGAAAUUGUCUGGACAGGUUUGCACGGAUUGUCAAUUUGUCCAACGACCCCAGCCCUGGCUACAACGUGGAGAUGCUGGCUCGUAAGGGUAGCAAGUUUUUCGAACUGCCGUACUCAGUGAAAGGAAUGGAUGUUUCGUUUGCCGGCCUGUUGUCCUAUCUGGAACAACGUAGUUGUGAUCUACUCCAGUCGGGUGAAUACACAGUGGAGGACUUGUGUUUCAGCCUCCAGGAAACGGUUUUUGCAAUGGUUGUGGAAAUCACGGAACGAGCGAUGGCACACUGUGGCGCUAAAGAAGUUCUUGUCGUUGGUGGUGUUGGCUGUAAUGGUCGUUUGCAGGAGAUGAUGAGGAAGAUGGCUGAGGAACGUGGAGCUACGUUGUUUGCUACGGAUGACCGCUUCUGCAUUGACAAUGGCGCGAUGAUUGCCCACACUGGUUGUCUGAUGUACGCUGCAGGACUCAGAACUCCAUUGCACGAGUCUACAGUGACUCAGCGUUACCGCACGGAUGAUGUUGAGAUGGGUGUUCGUGGUCUGUUCACAUAUCUCACUCAACAGCCGGACAAUUUCACGCAGUGCGAUUUGCACAAUACUUACUUGGUGUUCGAUGCGGAAAACUACAUUGCAACUUCAUAUCGGCAAUCGGGAUUGGCCCGACACUAUGGAGGCGAAUACCUGAGCUUCAUAGUUCUUAUUCGCGCGGCCAUCACUGAACUCCAGAAAUGCCGUAUCACUCCCAUUUUCGUGUUCGAUGGAUGCCACGAAAGUAAGGGCUCGAAGCGUGAAACAUUACUGAAACGGAACGCUGAACGCAUCGACACCUUGUCAAGGUACUUAAAUAACCAGGCUUUCAACGACGUCGAGAAUACACAGCAGUCUACACCCGAUAUUUUGCCGAAACUAACAAAUCAAGUAUUUCUUUCCGUUCUGGAAGAAAUGGGCAUCCAUCAUGUCAACUGCGAACGUGAGGCCGACAUUCACGUUGCAGAAUUGGCUAUCUAUUUGAACUGUCCAGUUGUGAGCAACGACUCGGAUUUCUUCAUCUUCGGAACCCCACCUGCUUCUGAUUACCGCGUAAUUCCACUCAUGUUCCUAGAGCAGAAAUCCAAACCUCUGCCUUCACGAUGUAGUGCUUGCACCGACAGUGCUGGGUGCCACGCACUUCCGUGUAAAGUAUUUCGACCCUCUCAGUCGGUCCUUCGGGGGAUUUGCCCACCAUUACGCCCUCUACUCCCAGUCCUGGUGGGCAACGACGUUAUAUCCUCUGUGCCUUUUCCCUCAGCAAUCACAGAGCGGUUGAACUCAUCCCAGAGAAACGGUAUGUCGUACAACAGCCGACGCAUUCACGCUGUGAUUGGCUGGCUCAGUGGUUUUUCAGAUGACUUGUCUACUCCUGUCCGAGAAAUCUUAUCGCUUCACCAUGGCAAACAGCUGGAAGAUAUUACUGCACAAAUCAUCACUUGCGUUCUUGGUUACGUGCUGGAUUUGCACACUGUUUGUCGGCAACUGGCGGACUUCUUAUCACUGAAGGAAGGAAAGAAGUCUCAUGUGUGCAUUGCUUCGAGUCCACCUAGACCGAAUGGAGAUAUCAUCAAGGCGACUACCUUAGAGGCUGCUGUCACUGCCGUGACAAACGUUUUACCUUCCCAGCAGUGCGGUGUGCCGUCGAUGAAGUCGGACGCUAACCUUAUAUGCGGUUGGCCUCAGAAUUUCCGCAGCAAAUUUCGUCAAGGCUGCAUAUCCACAACCCUUCUUGAUGGCCUUUACGUCCGUGGUGGUACCGUGAUGCGGAUUUUAAUGGAAGAUUUGGGACUGAGCAACUCUAUCUACUACGUCACUGAAAAACUUCGCCAAUUGCAAUACGGUCUUAUAAUUCAUCUUGAAGAGAAACUAGGUUGCUCAUACAAACUGUGUGCAUCCAACGGAGGAGGUGCUGUGGAGUAUAGGCGCCAGGGUUUUAACAUAUGUUGUUUCGAGCUCCAGGUACCUCGUUUGGUAUUUCCACCUGUCCAGCCAGCUUCACCAGAUUUGUUUACCGAUUUCUUCAAGCAUUAUCUGCGACUGGAUUUGCGUCUGGUCAAGAUGGACUCCAUUGAAUCCCACUCACUUGUAUGUCUGCUCGUUUUCUGGUUCAGAAAUUCUCAGAUCGCACGAUUUCGAUCGAGUGGUUUGCACGAUUGUCCGGUUGCUUUAGCUGUCAUAGUUUGUGCAUUGAUCACCUCGAUGUUCUUUAACUCGGCUCGUCGUAACCGGGACGCAAUGAACAGCAUCACUGCGGACUUGUGUGAUCGUUUUGGUGUCCUUGGUAGCAAUCUUAAGGAGCAGCACUCUAGGUUUCAACCUAGCCGACUUUCGAUUGAAAUUAUUCAUCAGCUGAAUGAACUGCAACUGGUGUAUCAGGAAUUUCACCAACUCGUGGAACUUAUGGAUAUUCUGUGCGUACAUGCCGGCAGCAGCGAUGGCUGUACCGCUCCAGAAAUCCCGAGUGAACGGUUUUUCUCAUUCAUUCCCGAGUGGGUCAUGUUUUCUUCGGGUCGCUUGUUGCAUUGGCUGGCAAUUAAUAUCGAGCAUUCAACGCCGCUUGAUCGCAUGCAUCGGCUAUCAACCCAUUGGAUCCCUUGGAUCGUGAGAGGAUUGUUAAAUACAUUGGAUUUGGAUGCCCGUUCGUUGUCAGAUCGGAUAAACAGCCUAAUUUCCUCGGCUGAACGAAUGCUCAGAGUGAAGUGAUAUCACGUAAGAACGAGGUCGAAUUCCGACACGGACCACAUCCGUUUUCACUGCACACUCAUCCUAGAACGAGUUCGCCAAUAUUUUUGACCCGUUUGGAUUUUUUUAUACACAUUUUCCGUCAGUAUUACUGACUUGAAUCACUUUUCCUACGUAUAUAAUCGUUUUUAACCACUG